AAACGCGACACUCGAAUUGACAUACGCGCGAGUAAGAUUGCAGCGAAUUAUUUUUAAAGCCUCAGAUUCGCCGGAUGACGCAUGUUUCGCAGGUAUUCAAGUAUUCAAGAAAUAAACUGGGGAAUGCAAACUGUUGUCCUUGUCGAUUGCUGACUGUUAGAUUGUAAUCGUAAUUUCUUACUGCAAGUAUGAAGUUAAUUGUAUCAAGAGCGCACUGUACAAGAUUCGCAUCUUUGCGAUGUUUUUCAGCAAAACCAACAGCUGUACUUGACGAUACAGUGUCUACUUUACUCUCUAACGAUGAAAUAAAAUAUAGGCGUCAUCCAGGUGUCGUUGUUCCUAGAACACCAAUAUUUCCAAAGUGGGCAUUAAAGGAAAUACACAGUAUUUUAAAAGAGAAGAAAAUAGUCCUGAAGGAAAUUAAUGAGAGUGCAAAGCAUUUACUCCGUCACUUGAAUCAUCGUCGUCCACCAUUAGAACAAUUCGAGUUACCGGCAAAAUUCCUGAAAGUAGAGGAACGUUUAAAUGCUAUGAAUCCUCAUGAGAAGAUAUCGGUAGAGGAUAUAGAUUUCCAUAAAGAUGCAAAAGCCAGAUUGAUUUUGAAGCAAAAUGUUUAUAAUUGGCAACCGAUAAAUUUUGAUAAAUUCACUUGCCUAACGUAUCUGGUCGCUAAAGGUGUUCAGAAUUAUGCGGUUUCGCGUAAGAUUCUCAACGAAAUCAAAUCGCGCGACAAGGAUUUUAGGCCUAAGACAUUGUUUGACUUUGGCUCUGGUGUCGGCACAGUCGCGUGGGCGGCAUCUGAGAUCUGGUCGAGUACGUUAAAAGAAUACUUUUGUGUUGACGCAUCGGAAUUCAUGAUUGAACUGUCGGAAAGAUUAGCGAAAGCUGCCCAGCCUAAGAUCAAUGAAGUUUUCUAUCGCCAAUAUUUUCCUAUCUCCACGAGCCGAACUUACGAUAUCGUAGUGAGCGCGUACUCUUUGUUCGAGUUACCGGGUAUGGAAUCGCGCCUCGAUACGAUAUUAAAGCUUUGGACAAAGACUAACAAUUAUCUGAUUAUUGUGGAAGAAGGAACCAAUGCAGGUUUCAAAUUAGUAAAUGAAGCACGGGAUUUUAUUCUCAAGUACACAAACUCGAAACGUAGACGUGAGCCACAAUUUGCCCAUGUUUUCUCACCUUGUCCACAUGAUCUGAAGUGUCCGAGAUUUGCCACCGACAAUACUCCGUGCAACUUUAGCGUUCUAUAUCACCCGUUGCAAUUUCUGGGUGGUCGGCAACACAAACAAGAACUGUAUUCCUACGUCGUGUUAAAAAAAAGCAAACGUCCCGAGGACGACGAGCAGUGGCCAAGAAUCGUGCGAGCCGCACUAAAACGUUCUAAUCACGCAAUCUGUCGCAUGUGUAUGGCUAACGGCGAGCUGAAGGAGGAGAUAUUUACAAAAUACAAGCAUGGGAAGCACAUGUACCGUUGUGCGAGAGAGAGUGAAUGGGGCGACAGAUUACCUCUGCAUUACGAACAACAGCAAGAGAGUCUAGAAAGAGAUGAAACAGUUUGUGAAACAGCCACUUGUGAAACAACUAUUAAAAAUGAAAAUACUUAGAAUAAGGAAAUAAAAUUUUAUUAAACGUU